CGUGCUUUUACGACAUUUCAAUUCAGCUUUACGGCACCACCGGUGCUGCAAAAAACGAGUGGACGGUGAAGCAAGAUUAGCCUCUGUGGCUAGAUUUAGGGACACCGGGUAAUUCAUAUAGCAUAAGAGGACUGUUGUGAUUUGUACUCAUUGUGGAGAUUACAUGUACGCGCUAGAAGUCCCAGAGACAAGCACAUAUUCUGUCAGGAAGGUGCCUGCUGAGGUAGAUCUCUACUUUUUUCUUGGGUUUACAUGUCAAGUUAGCUAACGGUAGCAGGCAGCCGUCUCCUCUCAUCUCGUAGCCUCUCUUCAGGAUCUGUCUUCACACUCGCUCUGUCGAUUAUAUUGCAACCAUGCCUAUUCAGCUGACAAGUCAGGCUUACUGUAAAAUGGUUUUACACGCUGCCAAGUAUCCACACAGCGCCGUCAAUGGACUGCUGGUGGCGGAGAAGACGAAGGAGAAGAAGAAAGACAGCCACAGUGAACCCGUCUUAUGUGUGGACUGUGUGCCCCUGUUUCAUGGCACUCUGGCUCUCGCACCAAUGCUAGAAGUAGCUUUAACACUGAUCGAUACUUGGUGUAAAGAAAAUAGUUAUGUCAUUGCUGCAUAUUAUCAAGCCAAUGAGCGCACAAAGGAUUCAAGACCCAACCAAUUUGCAGAAAAAGUUGCUGCCAGGAUUUCUGAGAACUUCAGUGAAACAGCAAUUGUUAUGGUGGACAACAGUAGAUUGACCAUGAGCUGCUUUGAGCCCAUUGUCCUUAUCUAUGAUCAUCACGAAAACAACAAGUGGAAAUGCAGAGAAGUCACUUCGGAAUGUUUCGAGGACUGGAGCGAAGCACAAAAAAUCACAUCUUCUCUGUUGGAGGGCAGGUCCUACGAGAACUUGAUUGACUUUGACAAUCACUUGGACGAUCUGAGGAACGACUGGACCAACCCUGUGAUCAACAAGUCCGUCCUGGAUCUGUGCUAAAGCUCUCAGUCAGAUGUACCUUAGACAUACACAAGAAUACUGCUGCCAUUUCAGCAUGCAUGAUGCUACUGAUCGUGUAGCACAGGAGUACAAAAGUGCUGAACACACAGUCUUUAUUCUAUUAAAGGCUCCUUGUACCGAUGGAGACUUGUGGAACAUUGACCUGUAAGGCCAAAAUCUUUCAAGGGCAAUUGAGCGCCAUAUGUGCACUGUUGUCAUGUGUCCACCUUUAAAAGGUGAAGCUGAAGUGAUGAAAGGCAGAUAUGCUUUUGAAUGCAACUUAAUUUUUUUCUGCAAUGGUUUGUGUCUCUUCGUAGUUGUGUGCAUAAAGUUUGAUUCUAGAAUAUUUGAUCUAUUUUUUCCUCUUAAAUUUUAUAGCCAUUAGCCAUACAGAGAUCAAGUUCUAAAUUAUUAAAAGUUUUAGGUGAUGAUUGUACAACUGAUAUGAUAUAAAUACAUGUUCUUUAUUCAAUUUCUAGUUUACAGCAAAACAAAAUUCACAAGCAGAACUGUGGUCUGAGGAUAUUUGUGGGCAGUUCAAUAUAAAAGCACUCCUAAAAUAAUGCAGAUGAGAUGGGAAUCUUUUUGUUUUUCCACAUCAGACUAUCUCACAUGCCAUCCUUAG